UUCCCAACAGGCAUUGCAGGAGAGUAAACCCUUUACAGCAAGAAGAGAGUCUGUGUAUGUGUGUGUGUGCGUGUGUAACCACGAGAAGAGCCUUUAACAGUACAGCACACAUCAAGCGUCAAGCUAAAUCUGAGCUCCUGGCUUUGGAAGAGCUGCAGGAAAGAAAGCUGCCUUUAAGUGUUGAGUAAAAGAAGAGGAGAAAAUUGUUCUCAGUGGCCGGUGUGAUCUGUUUCUGCCAGAGGGAAGACAUCAAGAGGACGAGGAAGAAUUAGAAGUAGUAGAAAAAGAAAGGAGGCCAACAUGUCAAAUGCACUGCUGAGGAGAAACUCCAGCAAGCAGGGUUUACAAAACCUGAUGAGACUGACUGCUCAGAGAAGCAUCGAGGACGCUGAAGAGGUGGAGAGGGAGCAUCGGCGUAGAGCCCGAGAGGCUUUGGAACAUACAAACAGCGGUUCAACACUUGUAGAGUCCUCACCAGAGAAUGGGAUGCCGACAGAGGAGAACAUGUACAAUAGAGACUUCAAACCUAGCAGCUCCCCAUCUCUGGAGGAGGACGAAGGCUUCAGUGAUUGGACUCAGCGCAGAGAGAGACAGAGGCAGCAGCAUCUGCAGGAGCUGAGCCAGGGUGGUGAGGAGGAUGAGGAAGAGAACACGAUAAACAAAGCUGCAUCCGUAAAGACUGUCAGGGCCUCUGUCACUUCCUCCAGUCGACUUCAGGGACUGAAGCAAGAAGAGACGGACAGGGCCAGAAUGGAGGCGGAGAGGAGGAAGGAACAUGAGGAGGAGGUGGGGAAAAGAAAAGAAGUUAAAGUAUCAUACACAUCAAAAGUUUUCCUUCACCAACAACCGAAACAUAGCAACUCCAAUGGGGAUGCAACCAACGAGGAGGUGGCGUCACACAUCAACAGUAAGACAAAGAGAUCAACCAGAGCCAUGGAGCCAGAGGAGGCGGAGGCCAUCCUGGAGACGGAGCAGUGUCUGGAGAAGAUCCGACGAGGCUUCCAGGUCAAGGAGAGCCAGAAGCUGGAGCAGCUGAAGAGUAGGAGGGAGGACAGACACCGGGUCAGGGAGGAAUAUGAGCACCAGAGGGAGGAGGAGGAACAGCAACGGCUGGCCAAAGAGGAGCUAAAGAGCCAGACAGUCUUAUGUAGAAAUAUGGAGCUGAACAGUGCUCGUGACUGGCUCCAGGGGGGGAGGAGAUGGAUGAAGGAAGACAACGAGAGGAGGAGGGUGGACACAGCGGAGAGGAUGAAGAGCCUGAGCACGUCCAGCGUGGACGGGGACGAGAUGUUCAGUCCCUUCAGUCCCCAAGCUCCCACAUACAAGCCAAUGGGUUCAGCCUCAGCUUAUCACAGAGAGAAAGGAGUCUCUGAACCACUUGCUGAAGAAAAGAUGCUGACAGCUGUAUUUUCUCUGCUGGUUGGUGAGGUAUGGCGGCUCCAGGCAGUCUGCAGCAGCUUAACAGCUUGGAGUAGCUCUCCGCAGGAGUGAAGCCUCGGUGUGGAUGCUUUUAUUUAAAAAUGACAUGGCCGUUGUUCAGAGGGGGCGUGAUGCCAGAGGUUAGAACCUUUGACUCCAGCAGUGUGAGUGCAUCUGAGCAAUAACCUGCACAAAACAGGCUUCAUGGGGAUAUGAGCACUUUUUCUGUUAAACCUGCAUAAUUGUUGGUAUCAGAAACAAGUUGUGAACUCAAAACUAUUCAGGUUUCAUCCAAAUGGAUAUAAAAAUCUAGAUAAUCUCUACAAGAAAAUUUGAAUUGAUUUCCAUUUCCCUCCAUUAUGUUACAGUAAGUGACAGUUAAAUUGAAUCGUGAUGUGAAACUUGUUGAAAGAGAGAGCACACUUUUCUUUCCUGUAUUACUUCAAGGGACAGUCGCCUCAUUAGUCCACCUAUGAUGUAUCUGACUGGCCAUUUUUCCUCAUUCCUGCAGAAAACACUUGAGUGUCUCAAAAUUGUUCACCUCUACCAAAUGUAGGUGACUUGAUGAUUCAUGUGGUGUGGUGGUUGUGUCUAAAGCUUGAUAUAUGCUUGAUGCAUCGGUUCGUCAGCAUGGCAGCGGUGACUUCAUUUUGACAUUACUGCCCGUGUUGUGAGGUCGUACACGUCAUGUUUUGCAACUUGGCACCCGCGGCGCGUCUGGCACACUGGCAAUAUGGACGGGCUGGAGGAAAAACUUGGACAGUACCGUCUGUUUACAUGCACAUAUGAUCAGAAUGGGACGCAGAUUUUGACAGAUGAUAAAAACAGAGAAUAAUUUUUCAUGGCCCUGUUGAGAUCUCUCCUUUAACACCAGUGUAGUUUCAAAGUGAAUCAGGAGAUAAAAGGCCCACAGUUGUAAUUUCAUCACAAAUUCUGUUCAUGGCUUUAAAUGUUAUAUUUACAUCUACGUUUAUUGGCCCUAUUGUUUAGCGUAACAAUUCUAUUGAAUAGUAAAUGACUGCCACAGGUAUCAUUUAGACUGGGGACACCACUUUUUAAGGGUACAAUGUAUUAAAAAUGUUCCGAAAAAUAGCGUGCACAAAGAAAUGUAAUAAAUGAGAACACAGGUUUAUUUGAAAAAGAGAACAUGUACAAUCUCAGGAAUAGUUUGUCCUUUCACACUUUGUAGGUGUAUUUCUGGGGACCCAAGUGGUGCAAUUUUGACACAUUUAAUAUUAGUAAACUUUGAAAAUGAAAAUAGAAAAGCAUACAUUGCUCUAACUUUGCAGCAGCAGGGCGGGGUGAACAGCACUCUGUGCAGCAGCAGGGCACAGGCACUGCACUAAUUGUCAAAAAAGGGGGGGUACCCAGUCAUAAUCUUGCCUAAGGCACCAAAAUGGCUAGGCUAGGACUGGGUGUUGAUAUUGUCUUGAAGGUUAUGAUUAGGCUGUAGCCUGACAUUGUAAAUCCAGUGUCUACUGGUAUUGCUAACAAAUAGUAGGCCUAUGUUACUAGUGUUUUGUGUGCAGGAUGUGGGGGAAAUACUUUUUUUCCUUUAUCUGAGAAAAAGUGUCCCCACCACUUUUCAAAACAAAGUGACGCCCAUGAUGAUUUCUAAUUUAACCUGUCCUUGGUACCAGGCUCUAAAUGUUCUUGGGGAUGGCAUUGUCCAGAGACAGGUGAUAAUGUUUUGCAAUGAGUGCUCAGGAGAGAUGCGUGUUUUCCUUUUAAUAUGAUAAGCUAGAGCCAAACAGUGUCGUUUGGGGGGAAUUGAGGGGAGGUUUUCAUUAGGACACUGAAUUCGUCCCCAACAAAUCAUGGCCCUGUUGAGAUCUCUCCUUUAACACCAGUGAAGUUACAAAGUGAAGAAGGAGAUAAAAGGCCCACAGUUGCAAUUUCAUCAGAAAUUCUGUUCAUGGCUUUAAAUGUUAUAUUUACAUCUAUAUUUAUUGGCCCUAUUGUUUAGUCUAAUGAUUCUAUUGAAUAGUAAAUGACUGCCACAGGUAUCCCCACCACUUUUUGAAAUGGACAAUUUAGUCCCCACCACUUUUUCAUUCAUUCGUCCAAAGGGCGAAAAGAAAAACUCCUUCCUUUACAUUGUUUUUCUGAAAGCAAGUUUAAAACCACUAUUUCUUCCUCAUCUACCGAUCCCAAAACCAGCUCUGUCGCCGCUACCAUGGUGCGUGACUCCUCUUUCUUCUACUUGUGGUGAUUCCAGCAGUGUAGAUUGUGUUUUGUCAGCAGCAACACCUUUUGUUUAGGCGAAGACUGCACUGUCAGACGCCCCUGAAGCGCGAGUAUAAAAGAAUUGUGAAUUGCUGUGAUGUAUUUUUUUUUGUUUCUGUUUUUUUUCUUUCUAUUAGUUUAUCAGAGUAUGGUGUCAUUGUCUGACUCACAAAAAGCGACUGACCCAAACAUUUACUAGAGUUCCGACGACAGAUGCAUGAACAAUCUCACCUCACCUCUUUAUUGCUGUAGGUAAAACUCGCUACCGACUGAGUUGAGUUACACCUUACAACAAGCUAAAAAAUGAUUUCAAUAUUUUGUGAGAUCAACAGUGUCUCUGAUGACAUUUUAACUGCACAUCUGUUGAAGCAAAUGAUUCAGAUGAUGAAUGAGAUUUCUCCCCAAUGUGGAGAAAUGACCUCAUCCAGCAGCACGAGAAUGAGAAUAAGACAAAACAAUUUCAGACAAACCUUCAUUUAUUCACCAGUUAACCCAGAUUUGAAUCAAUUUUGACACCUGGAGUCCACUUGUGCUUGUACUUUUCGGGUUUUGAUUAAAGCGUUAACAUUUCAAACUAAGGAGGCAGAAAUAAACUGAGGAAAACACACCUGAAACUGUCACAGUCUGCUCACCUACAUACUGGCUCCAGUAAAUUUCCACUCACCCCACCUCUGCUCCUAUCUGCCAGCCAGCCACACCCACCUCAUUAGUUCAUUCCCCUCACCUGGUCUCUCAGCUGCAUCUCAUCCACAAUCAGACCAAGUAUAUGAGCCUCUCCAGUUCACAGACUCAUUGCCAGAUUGGUCUUUGCAUCGAUGACAGACUUUCCAGCGUUUGGACUGAUUUCCCGGCUUCGACCCUGCUUCACCUCGACUUCCCUGCCUCGUCUCUGCUACGGUAAACACCUCUGCCCUUCGGCCCCCGACUACUAGCUUUGUCAAGUGUGUUUCUGGAGCACUGUCUGCCUGUCUCCUCGGCGACCUGGCUUCUCCCCGUACCUGCUCUUCGUCGUGAGUUUCCAGCCAUGAAUGCUGUGGGUUGCCUCAUCUAAGCUGUGUUGCACCCCGGCCAUCUGGACUGCUCCUGGGUGUCUGCUCUUCCGCCUGGUAUAUGCUACAAGCUGCAGUUAGACUGUUUUCUCUGCCAACCUGCUGGUCUGCUGCAAUAAAACACAUUACCAACUCUCCCUGUGGUGUACCCCCUCCCCCCACCCCGUUACAGUACAAUCUGGCCAGUCAUGGACCCAGCAGACACCUCGUCACCAUCAAGUCACUUAGAGAGGAUUAAGAAUGUCCUCCAGCGACACGAAGCAGCAGCUUAUAACCAAGCACAGACUCUUGCAGCGUUAACCACCCAGAUGCAGCAUGAGGUCUCAAGAGCAUGCACCAGGGGAACCAGUCAGUGGUCGACUUCUCCAUUGAAUUUCGCACCAAGGCCCGCCGGAGUGACUGGAACUCUUCGGCCCUCUGUGACACUUUUCAUCAUGGUCUGGCUGACUACAUCAAGGAUGAGCUAGUCUCUCAUGAUCUCCCAUUGACAUUGGAUGAGUUGAUUGGGCUGGCCAUCCGAGUGGAUCUUCGGGUUCGGGCUCGGAGAGAGGAGAAGAAGCAGGUCUCUUCGGGUCAUCAACCUCAUGGCCGUCAACAGAGAUUCUCCCCUGCCACCAGCUCCACCACCCCUGUAGGACUACAGCCAGGGGGUCCUGAACCCAUGCAACUAGGUAACCAGCCUUACACCGGAGGAGUGGGAGCAUCGUCGACAGGCUAACCUCUGCCUGAACUGUGGCCAGGCCGGCUAUUUUGUCUCUCAUUGUCCAGCAAAAGCCAGGGCUCACCAGUACUGGUGAGCCAUACCUCCAUGCAACCUUUCCCAAACCAAAGACCCCUGUUUCACAUCAAGCUUCUCCUCCAAGAGGGUUCCCAUUCCCUUUCCACCUUCAUAGACUCUGGAGAUGACGCCAGCAUCAUGGAUGAAGGGCUCGCCCACCAGCUGGGGAUUGGUCGGGUUCCUCUAUCUCACCCGAUAGCAGUCAACGCCCUGGACGGUCAUCUUCUGGGGACUGUCACUCAUUAGACCACUACAAUGCCCCUGCUGUGUUCCAAGCCUUGGUAAAUGACGUGCUGAGAGACAUGCUAAAUCGUCAUGUGCUUGUCAUUCUGAUCUUCUUUAAAUCCUAUGACGAGCAUGUCCACCACGUCCAAACCGUCUUGCAGUGUCUCCUAGAGAACUCCCUCUUCGUGAAGGCAGAGACAUGUGAAUUCCACGCCACUUCUGUCCCUUUCCUGGGGUACAUUGUGGGCCAGGGCAGUAUACGGAUGGAUCCAGCCAAAGUGUCGGGGGAAACCUCCUGGUCAGUUCCGGACUCCCGCAAGCAAUUGCAACGGUUCCUGGGGUUCGCCAAUUUCUACCGCCGUUUCAUUCGCAACUACAGCUCCAUUGCCGCCCCUCUCACAGCUCUCACCUCCUCCAAGGUCCCCUUCAUCUGAACUCAGGCUGCAGAAAAGGCCUUUCUGACCCUCAAGUCCCAGUUCACCUCUGCUCCCAUCCUCCAGGUACUGGAUCCAGAUCGUCAGUUUGUGGUGGAAGUGGAUGCCUCCGAUGUGGGAGUGGGGGAGGUCUUAUCUCACCGUUUGGCCACGGAUGACAAACUUCACCCCUGUGCCUUUUUCUCUCGACGCCUGUCACCUGCAGAGAGAAAUUAUGACAUUGGGAACAGGGAGCUGCUGGCCAUCAAGUUGGCCUUGGAGGAGUGGCGACAUGGGUAGAGGGGACUAAACAACCCUUUUUGGUAUGGACUGACCACAAGAACCUUGAGUUUAUCACAACCGCCAAGAGACUGAAUUCUUGCCAGGCACGUUGGUCUCUGUUUUUCACCUGCUUCCAUUUCUUCCUUUCCUACCGUCCUGGUUCCCACAACGUCAAGCCUGAUGAUCUGUCUCACCAGUUCCAAGGGUAGGAGAAUGCUGUCAAUGGGUCUGAUUCCAUCCUCCCGUGCUCCUGCAGGAUUGCCACCUUGAUCUGGGAGGUUGAGGAAAGGGUGAGGUCUGCCACCAAGGGUCAACCUGGACCCAGUGCUUGCCCCCCUAACCGUCUAUUCGUUCCCCAAACCCUGAGGUCUGAUGUUCUCCCGAGGGCCUACACCUCCAAGCUCACCUGUCACUCGGGGGUCCAAAGAACCCGUGACUUCCUCCUUCCUUGUGUCAGAGGAGGACACAAAGGAGUUUGUAAAAGCCUGCCCAGUCUGUAACCAGCACAAGUCAUCUCGCCAGGCUCCAGCUGGCUUCCUACAGACUCUCCCAGUGCCACAUUGCCCUUGGUCCCACAUAUCACUAGAUUUCGUCACAGGUCUACCCCCAUCGGACGGCAACACGACCAUCCUCACUGUGGUAGACCGGUUCAGCAAGGUGGCACAUUUUGUGCCCCUGCCUAAACUCCCCUCAGCAAGGUUCUCCUCCACGUCUUCCGGCUUCAUGGUCUCCCUGUCGACGUGGUAUCAGAUUGAGGACCCCAGUUUGCCUCUGUUUUCUCGAAGGAGUUCUGCGGACAACUUGGAGCCAAGGUUCCACCCCCAGUCCAAUGGCCAGACGGAACGUAAGAACCAGGAGAUGGAGACGGCGCUUUGCUGCAUGGUCUCACAGAAUCCAUCAUCCUGGUCCCAACAGCUAUUGUGGGUCGAACAUGCUCACAAUACUCUGACCAGCUGACCACGGGUCUUUCUCCAUUUCAAUGUGCACAUGGGUACCAACCUCCACUCUUCCCGGCCUCGGAAAAAGAGGUUUCCUUCCCGGCUGUCCGGACCUUCAUCUGCCGUUGUCACCGCACCUGGACCCAAGCACGGAUUUCUCUUGAACGUUAUGCCACCUCUGCCAACCGUUGUCGUUCUCAGGCGCCCACAUACCAGGUUGGGCAGAAGGUGUGGCUGUCAACCCGAGACCUUCCUCUACGGGUGGAAUCCAAGAAAUUGGCACCAAGGUUCAUCGGCCCUUUCACCAUCGAGAAGGUCAUCAAUCCUGUGGCGGUGAGACUCAUGCUCCCCAUCCAUGCGGGUUCAUCCAACGUUCCACGUCUCUAAGGUCAAAGAGAGCCCACUGGUCCCUGCUGCCCUACCUCCACCGCCUCCGCGGUGCAUUGACGGGGGUCUCACCUACUCCGCCCGUCGCCUCAUCCGAUCCCGAUGUCGAGGAAGGGGCCUCCAGUACCUUGUCAACUGGGAGGGGUAUGGGCCAAAAGAGAGAUCCUGGGUUCCGGCUCGACACAUCCUGGACUCCCGCCUCAUCAGGGAUUUUCAUCAGCAGCACCCUGACUAACCCACUCGGACCUUGGCUGCCCCUAUAAAUCCCCGGUGGGGGGCUCCCCCGGCUCCUUCUCCUGAAACCCCCGAACGAAGAGAAACCAUCCUCGGAGGGGGAAGGAGCAACAGCUGAUUGAUGAUUUCCCGGCUUCGACCCUGCUUCACCCCGACUUCCCUGCCUCGUCUCU